AUGAUGAAAGGAAGUUAGUAAAAUGUUCUACUGAAAGAGUUGAAAGAAAUACCUAUAUAUUCAGAUAAUUGGUUUUGGAAACUUAGAAUGAGAAAUUAAGCCUUGCUUCAAUUUUCUAUUAUUUUUAUCGUGAUGCUUGGAGUAGUUUUAGGAAUUUAUUCAGUCAACAUGGCGAUAAUUGUUCCUCUUUUAGAAUAAUCAUCUUUUGAUAUAUAUAAUAAUAAUGCAAAACAUACAUUAUAAAGUCAUUUGAGAAGCUAUGAUGGUAUCCUUGAUGGGAUAUUUAAUAUAAGUAAUAAUUUAAAAAUAGUUUAGAUAUCCACUAAUUACAAAUACUUCAUUAAAUUUAUUCAUAAUCUUAUAGGAACCUUGAAAAAUAAGAUAAAAUUACUUUAGAUUAUAGAGCUCAUAUGAAUUAUGCAGGUACAAAUUAAAUGCCUUAAAUACUGGUAAAUUAACCACCUGGUUCAUUAUAAAAAACGCAUUCAUUUAUGUGCUAUACAAAUAAAACUAACAUAACUUAUCCAAUGAACAAGGUUACCUUAAUAAAUUUAAAGAUUUAAGAAAUUAUGUAUCCUAUAGGUCAUAUAUUGGAUGCUAAUAAAUUAAAUAUCAAAUCCUUAUUUUAUGUAGGAACUUUGGAGGAACCUUAAGUUUAUUUUUCAUAUCCUUGCACUAAUUUUAAAAAUGCUAUAUAUGGAUUAAAUAUUCCAAAGAGACCUUGGUUUUUAAAAGGUGUCAGUGUGUAUAAUCAAUCAAAUUUUCGUGAUUAUGAUUAUUAAUUUACCGAUCCCUUUCUUUGUAACUUUUAAUUAGUUAUAAUUAUAGAAUUUACCAAAGACAAAAUUGAAGUUACAUUAGUCAUGCCCUUGCUUGAUUAAAAUCUUAAUUUAAAGGGAGUGAUGGCAUCAGAUUUGGGGACAGAUUUAAAUAAAUUUGUAGUUAAAACUGAUCAGAAUGUACAUAUGGUUCUAUUGGCAAAUACUAAGGGUUUACUUAUAUAUCACAGUUACAAUGUUAGUUUAUCAUUACUUCCAAUAUAUAUCUUCAAUACCUCACUUACAGGAUUUACAUUAGAUGAUUGGACUUCAAUAAAAGAUACAAAAUAAAGCAAUUGUUCUUCAUAUCCAAAGAACUCUAGUUUGCUUUGUCGUUACAAUAGUGUAUAUGAUAAGGAUUUAGUGAUUACAAUUCAUGAAAUCAAGAAAUUUAAUUAUCUCUUUAUGAUGUAAGUAAUUUAUCAUCAAUUAAGAUUCCAUGAUACAACAGAUUAUACUAAUUAUUAACUUAAAUUGACAUAAUAGAUGUUGAAUAAACUUUAAUCAGAAGCAAUUCAAUUUCUAGAAAUCGCCCUUGGUAUUUUUUUGGCAGCCAUGUUAAUAGCCAUUUGCAUUCUCAUCUUAAUCUUUUAUCCCAUCUAAAAUAUUAUAGAUAAUUGUCAUUAUAUUAUGGGAAUCAAAAAUAAAUAAAAUGUGCACAAAAAGAUUUUGUUAACAAAAUUCUUUAUGCCUUUUUUGAAUCCUUAAUUAUAAUUAUUGUUUCUAGCUUAUACAAAUUUAGUUAAAAGGUUUUUAUCUUUAUCACAUACAAAAGGGAAUCUGUGCAAAACAUUGGAAGCAUUAUAAUAUCCAAAAAAGAUCAAAUAAAGAGCUCACCUUUAAUUAAAUCGAUAUUUGAAGAAAAGUAUGAACUUAAUAGAAUAAAACAAAAUGGUUCUAUAAGUUUCAACCAACAUUCCCUCUUAAUUGAUGGGAAGAUUCUUUGAUAAUAUAAAAAAGAAAUUUUACUAAUGA